CAUUGAUAACAUCACAUGAUAGAAAUUCCCCCUAAAGCUUUAACCUGUGACUGUCCUGACUUUAUCCCCUGUGAUGAGCUGGAAUGCAUUAAUCCUUCUGAUGUCAUGGCUGGAAGGUGUGCCCAUGCUAAUGAGAAUUUGCAACUUAUUUUUAUAGGGCUGCUGUCUGGCAUUCUUUUUGUGGCCAGGAAGAACAGAAUGACACACAGAAUGAAGGGUUUAUGCUGGCUGGUGGUUCUCUGGGUGCUAUGUGCUGGAGCAGAGACUCAGAAUUGGUCUCAAAAUAAAGUGCAGCAGACGAACCAGCAGGUUGCAGGUAACAGGCAGCCACCUUUCAAAUCAUGGAACAGCAGAAUGUACCCCAUAUGGAGAGGCAGUGAAGCUCAGAAGAAAAACUGCUGGAAAGGAGGUCAGGUGACCUUUGAUCUUGUUAAUGAUGCGCCAACAUUGACUGGAGCCAAAGCUACUUUCUCCAUCCAGCUGAACUUUCCCAAGAAUCAAACUGUAUUGCCAGAUGGACAGGUUGUUUGGAGUCAGAACCGCACAGACAAUGGUACAUGGGUACCUAGCGGAGAACCUAUCUAUCCUGAUGAGUCUACCGAGGGAUCUGAAUGCACGUUUCCAGAUGGUCGUCCUUUCCCUCGUGGUGUGGAGAAGAAGCACAGCAAGUUUGUUUACGUUUGGCAGAUGUGGGGAAAAUACUGGCAAGUAGUAGAUGGUCCCUCCUCUAAUCUGACAGUGGAGACUGAUGGCAUUCCCCUUGGCUCCUACACUAUGCAAGUUGUCGUCUAUCAUUACCGUGGUCGUCAGAAAUUCAUCCCUAUUGGCAGUGCAUCCUCUCAAUUCACUAUAACUGAUCAGAUUCCAGUUUCUGUGUCAAUCUCUCAGCUUCUGGAUCUGGAUCAGGAGGAUCAGCGCUUUAUCCAGAACAGAGCAGUAUCUUUUGCUGUAGCAAUUCAUGAUCCCAGCCACUAUCUCCAAGCAGCUGAUAUCUCCUUCUCUUGGGAUUUUGGAGACCAGAGUGGCACACUUAUUACCAGAAACACUGAUGUCACUCAUACUUAUGUUUCUACUGGGGUGUUUACACCAAAGGUUGUCUUGCAAGCUGCCAUUCCCACUACACCAUGUGGCAGUACCGUUCCAACAGCAGACUCAGUACCUACCACCGUUAUUCCUCCACAACCAACAACUACAGCUGCUUCUACAAGUGGUGGACAAGUCACAGAUGCACCUCCUGGUACCACAGCUGCGCUUCCUGGUACCACAGCUGCGCUUCCUGGUACCACAGCUGCGCUUCCUGGUACCACAGCUGCGCUUCCUGGUACCACAGCUGCGCUUCCUGGUACCACAGCUGCGCUUCCUGGUACCACAGCUGCGCUUCCUGGUACCACAGCUGCGCUUCCUGGUACCACAGCUGCGCUUCCUGGUACCACAGCUGCGCUUCCUGGUACCACAGCUGCGCUUCCUGGUACCACAGCUGCGCUUCCUGGUAGCACAGCUGCGCUUCCUGGUACCACAGCUGCUCUUCCUAGUAAUGUCACACAACCCCAAGGAACGAUCAAUGGGAUUGUAGUAACGGUACCCCCUGAUGUGGAAGAACAAAACAACUUGGUGGCAGAAGCAACAGUAUCUGCAAGUGCUGUUCCAGACAAUGAGGCUGCAACUCUCCCAGAAGCAGUUGUGACUGUUGCAGGAGGAGAAAAUGUACUUGUGGAAGAAGAGGCUGAACCCAACCAAGCACAAACUGUAACUGUAGAAGAAGCUGUGCCCACUCAGGAAACUGCAGCAGAAGCUGCACCCAGUCAGGAGGCUGUUACUGUAGAAGAAGCUGUGCCCACUCAGGAAGCUGAAGCUUUGACCUCAGAAGCUGAGAACACUGAGGCAGGUGCUGAGGUUGCAGAAGGAUCUCCUAGUGUUGCAUCAGAAAUAAAUGAGAUGCCCAGUUCAACAGCUGAGAUUCUGACUGUACCUGCCACAGAGGAGGUUGUGGUUAUUGCAAAGCGUCAAGCUCCUGAGGAUCCAUUUGUCGGCUGCCUCCUUUACCGUUUCGGAACCUUCGCAACUGAUCUGGAUAUUGUUCAGGGCAUUGAAAGUGCACAGAUUGUUCAAGUAGCUCCAGUUGCGGCUGUUGAUGGGGCUGAAAAUGCAGUGGAUCUUACAAUCACGUGCCAAGGAAGUGUACCUAGCCAAGUGUGCACAAUUAUCUCUGAUGCUGACUGUGCCACUCCACAAGAGACUAUCUGCAAUACUGUGCAGCCCUCAACUGACUGUCAGCUGGUCCUCCGUCAGGUCUUCAAUGAAACUGGCCUUUAUUGUGUCAAUGUGUCCUUAACAGAUUCUGUUAGUCUGGCAAUGGCUAGUACACAAGUCAGUGUUUCAGGUGCAGGAUCCUCAUUCACAAAUGGUGGCAUUGUCCUAGUUGGCGUGCUUUUGGCAAUGUUUGCAGUAGUUAUUGUGGCCUACACAUACAGGAAAAACAAGUCUUAUACAGCUUUAAGAACAGCUCAGUCUCCAACAAAUUGGUUCCCUGACAGGCUCUCUCUUCGUCUGUUCUUCCAAAAUGCUCUGGGACUCUCUAGGAGUGGAGAGAACAGCCCACUUUUGAAUGGCCGGGUAGUGUGAUGGAAAUGGCUGGCCCGAAGUCAAGGCAGGGCAUGAUGCAUUGUCAUGAACGGUAGUGACAUGGCUUGGCAAAUUUAAUAAACUGUGUGCAGAGACCUCCUUCCAGCUCUUAACACUGGAAUUAUGAGGGUAAAAUUAAAAAUGUUCACUUGGCAAUGCACCAGGGCCCAAAGAUGUACAGAGUUAGAACUUCCCAAUAAACUUGUUUAAAAAAAAAAAAAAAAA